ACAGUACGGUCAGAUAUACAGUCACCACGAAAGUGACAGCGUCGCAAACCAAUAGGAUCCAAGGCACAUUUGAGGUUCUGUAUAUCUCGUACCUACAACAAAUAUGUCUUCUCUGACGUGGUGGUAGACCCAAGUACCCGGUCCAUGAUUUUAGGAUUCGGUCUUCUUCUCUGCAUUACCAGCGACGACCGAAGAUGUCUGGGAAGAAAGAUAAAUUGAAAACUUACACCUGUCCUUUGCUGGACACUCUCCGCCAGGAUGACUCGGAGUGGCGGUUUGACGUCCCCAACCUGCCGAGUGCGGAGAAGCUCAACCAGAGACAGCUCGUCAAGAGUAUCGUGCUGGUGACCAAGGAAUCCAGGCACCGCAUGUCCCUCAAGCUGGAGCCGCUCAACGUGAACCGGGCCGUCCGGGGGGAGCCGAUGGACCGCUUUGUCGUCGUCUCCUUCGCCGACUUUCGCUCGCUCCACGGGGCGUCGGGCGCGGGCGACGGCUUGCAGCCGGCGACGCCGCGGGAGUGCGCCGACUACGCCGUCCGGCUGCUCCGGGCCGGGGUGUCGCUCGGGGGCGUGCACUACAACUUCUACGGGCACAGCAACAGUCAGCUCAAGUCGCGGACCUGCUUCCUCUACGCGGCGCCCAAGGACGUCGUCUCCCGCAAGGUCGAGGCCCUCGGCGACUUCACCAAGCUGCGCACCGUCGCCAAGAAGGCUAAGCGCAUCGGCCUCCUCUUCUCCGUCGCCCACGUCGCCAAGACCGUUGACCCCGACCGCGUCGAGGACAUCGCCGACAUCGAGACCGCCGACUACAACUUCACCGACGGCUGCGGCCUCACCGCGCCCCCGCUCGUGCAGGAGCUUGCCCGGACGCUCCGCAUCUCCUUCAGGAACGUCCGAUACAGCCCAUCCGUCCUCCAGAUCCGGUACCGCGGCUACAAGGGGGUCGUCACUCUGGAUCCACGCAUGAAGGACAAGAAGACCCUGUUGAAGCUGCGGAAGUCCAUGAAGAAGUUUAGCGGAGGUGACGACUGCUCCUUUUCUGUCGUCGACUAUUCCAAGCCCUACACGUUCGGUUUCUUAAACGAUGAAGUCAUAAUUCUCCUGCACUGCCUCGGCAUAUCGCGGGCAGUUCUGCUGAAGAAGCAGGAGGAGCACUUCCAGUUCCUCGCGACGGCAGUGACGGACCCGCGGGCGGCUUUCCGGUUCUUGUCGUACAUCAACAUGCACGAGCUUGCCGAGAAGGUGUUGAUGGAGUCCCUCGAGUCGGUCCGGCCGAGGAUCAAGGCCCUCGUCAACUCGGAAUUCGACAAGAUGCUCAACAAGAGGGGCGAACAGCGGUGCCGGAUCCUCGUGCCCAAGUCGCGCCUGCUGUUCGGCGUCUGCGACGCCUGGGGCGUCCUCAAGCAAGGCGAGUGCGCCGUCAAGGUCACGAUGGACGGCGACGGGCAGCCCCGCGCGCUGAAGAACAUGGAAAUUCUCGUGACGCGGAACCCGUGUCUACAUCCCGGGGACCUGCAGAAAUUCAGGGUCGUCGAGAAGCCCGAGCUAGCCCACCUCGUUGAUUGCAUCGUCUUCUCGACACAAGGGAGACGACCUGCCGCCGACAUGAUGUCGGGCGGCGAUCUCGACGGCGAUACAUUUUUCGUCUGCUGGGACAGCGAUCUAAUUCCCACCAAAAUCUCGCAGCCGGCGCAGUAUCCGGGCGUCCAGGAGCCGCUGCGAUUCAAGCCCAUCACGGACGACGACCGUCUCGUCUACUUCGCCAGAUACACCAACGCCUCGCUCGGCCGCGUCAAGAACUUGUAUCUCAAAUGGGCGCGAGCGCGAGACCCCAUGUGUGUGGAGUGUCAAGAGCUCAACAGGUUAUUCUCUCAGUGCGUCGACGGGAACCGAAUCAAAGUCCCGCCGAGACUAGAGAGCCCCCCUCAGCCCGCUCCCGACGCGCCCCCGUUCAUCCUCGACGAGCUCCACAGCGAGGCGAAGCGCCUGGUCGAGGGGGCUCACUCGAGCGGCACGGAGUGGGACGGCCUCACCUUCGACGCCGUGCAGCUGCUGUUGGCCCGGGACGACAUAGCCAUUUCCGAGUUCGAACUCGUUAAACUGACCUUCAGAUGGUGCAGGAAAAACGACGUGCCUCUGGAGGACUUCCUCGACUUCUUCGACUUCAACGUCCUUACCGCCGAGGAGAAGGCUUGGGUGCUCGGCCAGCUCCCCGCGUCGCACGACGCGCCGAGCCUGGUGAUGAACGCGCUCUAUUCGUCGACCCUCCUCAGCGAGCACGAGCUGCGCCAUUUCCAGCUGCACCACGCGGGGAUCAGGUGGAAGCGCUACUUCACGUCGGCGCAGGACCGGCUGGCCACGUUUCUCGAUGCCGCGACCCGGGCGCUCGAGCUGUAUCACCGGAAGUUCGUCGUCAUCCAGGUGGACGAGCGACUGACCGUGGGCAUAUACAUACCGGCAAAGGUCGAGCGGUCCCAGGACUGCCUGGUCGGAGAUCACGUACGCCUUCUCGCGUUCCCGCACUCCCAGGGGUCCGAGACGCAGAGCCGCCUGUCUCUCCCCACGAAGGUGAACUACCGCCUCUACUGCGACGAGAACGCCUUCCAGCUGUUCGACGGCCAGCGCGGAAACACGUGGAUCUUCCUCGGCCGUGGCCCUUCAGACGACAGCGAAUAUCGAAACACGGAGAAUAAAGGACAGCGAAGGCAGCAGAGGCAGUCUACGGUGGACCGUGGGAUUAACUACGAUUGCAGGGCAAGCAUCGCCUUAGACAAAUUCAGCAAAGGCCUGCAGCGACAUGUCGGGCGUGUGAAUCGAAACGGCGUUUCCGGGGCGGUAAGUCAUCCCAUCACAACAUGCGCGCGCACGACUGACGGCAAGAAUCUUAGGAGAUAUACAUAAUUAGCAACCGGGAUACCGCAUCCAUGCAGCAGCUUGACCUUUGGCUGCAACAUAUCGACACGGAGGAGAAGUUGCCCCUUUUCGAUCAGAAGCCGAAAGAAUACA